AUGUACGUUCACACUGAUAUUGAUAAAUUCAAUGACGCCGCAACUACAAUUCUACGGAGUUUAGAUACACUUCUUCAGCCAGAAAUGGAGGUGAACGCCGUAGACAGAGACGGGCUGACACCUCUAGAUAUUGCGUGCAAACAUUUCCAGCGUCACUCGUCAGCCAUCAUUAUAUAGCAAAAUCAUUGACAAGCUACAGUACUCCUGCAUGGGGCUCGUCAAAGUGUACAGUCGUAUAAGCGUGAAAUAAGAUCUCGAUGUCCGAAGAGUCAUCUUAAAAAUGCAACCGACCUUGCUAAAACUACAGGCAGAGAGGCUAAUGUCACUGUUGUCGGAAAAUACCGUUAUUUUAAGGACAAGCCCAUCGGGUCUGGAGCUUUCAGUUUAAUGUUCCUGGCAAUCAAAGAUGAGCAUUUGGACAAACGGUCUGGCACUAUCCAAUAUAGCUUGUUCGCCUUGAAACGGAUAGAGAAGGCAAACGUUAAUCCAAAAGAAAUCAUACGUGAAGUGAAAACAUUGAUUUUAUUUUCUAACGAGUGCGAGAAUAUCGUUAAAUAUUACGGAUUUGAACAUUCGAAAGACGAGUUUUUUCACUACCUUUGCCUUGACCUGAUGGACGGUAAUCUUAAUGAAUUUGUCACAAACGAUGUUAAUAAAGUUCUGAAAGAGGAUCCAGCGAUAUGUGUACAAGCUACCAAAGAGAUUAUCAAUGGUUUGGAAUACCUUCACGAACAGAUGUUCAUUCAUUGCGAUCUGAAACCUGAAAACAUCCUGUAUACAACUGUCCUGCUUUGCAUUUCAAGAUCGCCGACUUUGGACUGA